GCAAAUGGCUAUGGCUAAAGAGUGGCUGCUAUGGCUGACCCUGUCUGCCGUUGGAGCUGCUUGGCACAGCGAGGCAACGUCUGCUGUGGACACGUUCUCCGCCAGGUCCCAGAUUCCUGAGAGAAUAUCAGGUGUAAGUCCCAUCCACAACAGCCAGGUUUGCAGUACGUGGGGCAAAUUCCACUACAAGACCUUUGAUGGAGAUGUUUUCCAGUUGCACUCCACCUGCAACUACGUCCUGACCUCUUCAUGCAGGAGCAGUUACAGAGACUUCAACAUCCAGAUAAGAAGGGGGGAAGAUGGCAACCAUCACACCAUCAAACACAUCAUCAUGAAGCUGGAGGGCUCUGUAGUGGAGCUCUCUGUGGGCUCAGUGGUCAUCGAUGGCAAAUCAGUCAUCUUACCUUAUAGUCAAGCAGGCAUAACCAUCGAGAGAAGUCCCACCUACAUCAAAAUUAAAGCAAAGCUGGGAUUAUUUGCUAUCUGGAAUGAAGAAGACUCUUUUCUGGUUGAAUUAGACCCUAAGUACAAGAACCAAACAUGUGGUCUUUGUGGAGACUUUAAUGGAGUCCAGCUCUACAAUGAGUUCUACAGCCAUGGUGUGAAAAUAUCCCCCGAGGAUUUUGCUAACUUCUGGAAAAUGAAUGGUCCAACUGAAAGCUGCUCUGAUUACACACUGGAAACAACAGAAAGCUGCAACAACAUGAGACCUCUGUGUGAGCAGAUCCUCACUGGCCCGGCGUUCAGCAGCUGUCAUAGUGUAAUUGACGUUGCCUCCUUCACCUCUGCCUGUGUAGCUGACCUCUGCCACUGUGACGCUGGCGGCAGUGCACAGCUGGACCCCGCCUGUCUGUGUAACACUGUGUCCGAGUUCUCCAGACAGUGCAGCCAUGCUGGUGGUCAGCCCCAAAACUGGAGAACCAAAGAGCUCUGCUGGAAGUCAUGUCCGGACAAAAUGGAGUACAAGGAGUGUGGUAGUCCCUGUGCUGAUACCUGCUCCAACCCGGAGGCCAGCCUCACCUGCGACAACCACUGUAUCGAUGGAUGCUUCUGCCCUGCAGGCACGGUGCUGGAUGAUCUAAAUGGACGGAGCUGUGUCCCGCUGAAGGAGUGCUCAUGCAGCUACAACAGCCAGACAUACAGUUCUGGGGAGUCCUACUCCAGCAACUGCAAAAAAUGUGUGUGUGAGAGUGGACAGUGGAGUUGUAUGGAGGAGAACUGUCCGGGAACCUGCUCUCUGGAGGGAGGGGCUCACAUCAACACCUUUGAUGGCAAAGCUUACACCUUCCAUGGGGACUGCUCCUACGUCCUGGCUAAGGACUGCAGUGGAGCCCAGUUUGUAGUGCAGGCCCAGCUGCUGCAGUGUGGAGUGACUGAGAGUGAAACCUGCCUUAAGUCUGUGACCUUGGGUUUGUCUGGAGGAGCUAAUGUGAUCACCAUCCAACCCAGUGGCAAAGUGUUUGUGAACGGCAUCUACGCUCAGUUACCCUUCUCUGCUGCUGGUGUCUCGGCUUUCAGAGCUUCCUCCUUCUACCUGCUGGUGCAGACAUCUGUGGGAGUGCUGCUGGAGGUGCAGCUCCAGCCGGUGAUGCAGCUCCACCUCACCGUGACCAGUGACUACCAGGCCAACACCUGUGGUCUUUGUGGCAACUUCAAUAGCAACCAGGCGGAUGACUUCCUGAAGCUCAGUGGGGUUCCAGAUGCCACAGCGGCUGGUUUUGUCAACAGCUGGAAGACUCAUGCUGGUUGCCGCGAUGUGAAGAGCAGCUUUGAAAAACCCUGCAGUCUUAGUCUGGAAAAUGAGAGAUAUGCCAAUCACUGGUGCUCAAUGCUGAGUGAGCCUGAGGGAGUGUUUGCCUCCUGUCACUCAGAGAUCAGCCCUGACUCUUACAGAGAGAACUGCCUGUAUGACAGCUGUAACUGUGAGAACAGUGAGGACUGCAUGUGUGCUGCUGUCUCAGCUUAUGUCCAUGCCUGUGCAGCUGCAGGGAUCCACCUCAGGGGCUGGAGGAACACCAUCUGUGGGAAAUAUGCUAGCUCGUGCCCCAGCAGCAUGGUGUACUCCGACAGCAUCACGACCAGCAGCCACACCUGCCGCUGCCUUGGCUCCACUGACCUCAGCUGUCACACUUCCUUCCCCUCCAUCGACGGCUGUGUCUGUGCACAGGGAACCUACCUGGAUGACACCGGGAAGUGUGUUCCAUCUACGGCUUGUCCCUGUUAUGACGAAGGCUCCGUGGUACCUCCUGGACAGGUCAUCAACAAGCAAGGGCUCAUGUGCUCCUGUAAAGACGGUAGACUAGGCUGCAUCGGGGAGUUUAUUGUACAGCUAUCAGCCUGUUCCCUUCCUAUGGAGUUUUUCAACUGCUCUGCACAUGGUCCAGCUGCUAAAGGAACUGAGUGUGAGAAGAGCUGCGACACAUUAGACAUGGCCUGUGUGUCCACUGGGUGCGUGUCCGGGUGUAUGUGUCCAUCUGGGAUGGUGUCUGAUGGUAAAGGCAGCUGCAUCAAGCCAGAAGCCUGCUCCUGUGUUCACAACGGCAUCUCCUACCAGCCUGGAGAGAGCACCAAGGUGGACUGCAACACCUGCACUUGUAAAGACAGGAAGUGGCAGUGCACUACAGAGGCGUGUGAUGGGACCUGCUCUGUCUACGGAGCAGGACACUACAUCACCUUUGAUCAGAAACGCUUCACCUUUGAUGGCAGCUGCGAAUACAUUCUCGCUCAGGACUACUGUGGCAGCACACAGAGUAAUGGAACCUUCAGAGUUAUCUCUGAGAAUGUUCCUUGUGGUACCACAGGAACCACCUGCUCAAAGACCAUCAGGAUCUUCCUGGGGAGUGCAGAAGUGAUUCUAACAGAGGGAAGCUACCAGCUGCUUUCAAGUGGAGAUGAACACUCAGUUCCAUUCCGUUACAGCAUUAUGGGCAUCUACCUAGUAGUUAAAGCCAACAAUGGACUCAUUCUCAUGUGGGACAGAAAGACCAGCUUGUUCAUCCAGCUCAACUCAAAAUAUAAGGGUCGCGUGUGUGGCCUGUGUGGCAAUUAUGACGGCAAUGCAAAUAAUGACUUUACAACAAGGGGCAAUGCUGUGGUGGUCAACCCACUGGUGUUUGGAAACAGCUGGAAGGAUUUACCCAGUUGCCCUGAUGCUCAGAGCAUUAGCAGCCCCUGCACAGCCAACCCAUACCGACAGGCCUGGUCGCAGAAACAGUGCAGCCUCAUUCAGAGUGACAUCUUCUCCGCCUGCCACUCCACUGUGGAUCCAACUCCAUACUAUGAUGCAUGUGUGUUUGACUCCUGUGCUUGUGACACGGGUGGAGACUGUGAGUGUUUUUGCUCUGCUGUGGCUGCUUAUGCUGAAUCCUGUAAUCAAGCUGGAAUCUGUAUACCAUGGAGAACCCCAAAGAUCUGUCCUCUCUUCUGUGAUUACUACAAUCCCCCUGGAGAAUGUGAAUGGCACUACAUGCCAUGCGGAUCUCCUUGUAUGAAAACCUGCAGGAAUCCAUCCGGCAGCUGCUCUCCGCAGAUUCCUCCUCUUGAAGGUUGCUAUCCAAAAUGUCCUCCUGCUCAGCCAUACUUCGAUGAAGAUGCUAUGACGUGUGUUUCUAAAGAACAAUGUGGUUGCCCUUUUGAGGGGAGAUACUAUAAUAAUACUGACGAAGUGCCAACAAUCGAAAACUGUCAGAAAUGUGAAUGCAUUUCAACGACCAUCAAAUGUUUUUACGAUGCCCAAGCCUGUACUUGCACAUAUUUGAAUAAAACAUAUUACCCUGGCAAUACCAUCUAUAACACAACAGAUGGUCAUGGUAACUGCUUCAUAGCAGUGUGUGGGACAAAUGGUACCAUUGACAAGGGGUCAUAUGUAUGCCCAGUACCAACACCAACAACACCUAUGCCCAUUGUAAGCAAAUCUACAGCAAGCCAGUCUUCAGCUACCUUUGUUUUUACAACCACACCAGAGCCCCAUACAGUUACAGUCCCAUGCAAUACUUGUGAAUGGUCCCCAUGGUAUGAUACCAGCUUCCCAACUAUUGGAACUCCAGGAGGAGACAGUGAAACGUAUGACAACAUUAGAGAGGCAGGGCACAAUAUAUGUGCCAAGCCAAGUGAGAUCCAAUGCAGAGCUGAGAAAUUCCCAAAUGUCACCAUUGACAGUGUUGGACAAGUGGUGCAAUGUGAUCUGGCUAAGGGGCUAACAUGCAGAAAUGAAGACCAGUCAGGACCACUGGCUUUGUGCUUCAACUACCAAGUCAGAGUUCUGUGUUGUGACUAUAGUGCAUGCCCAACAAAGCCUACUCCUUCUAUGACACCUUCAAUCUCAACCACAAUGCCCCCAAUAAUCAUUACAACAACCAAACAUGUUACAGAAACACCCUGUCAGGAAACUUUGUGUCAAUGGUCAAAAUGGAUAAGUUCUGACUACCCUGAAUAUGGUGAUGGUGGAGACAAUGAAACCAUCAAACACAUUAUUCAGAAAGGAUUUAAAGUCUGUGAGAAUCCAGUGGCAGUGGAAUGUCGGGCUGAGCACUAUCCAGCAGUUCCCCUUGAUCAAUUGGGACAAAAAGUGACAUGUAAUAACCAGGGACUCUUGUGUAAGAACAGUCAACAAAAUCCUCCCAUAUGUUACAAUUAUGAAAUAAGGGUAGAAUGUUGCAGAACAGUUCAAUGCAGCACAACACCACAAACUACUAUUACCUUCACACCAACAUCACAAAAAACACCUUCGACUACACCCACCACACCAUCUACCACAACUGAAACAACAACACCUCAGCCAACCCCAACUGCACAUUGCCCUCAUGGACAAGAUAUGACAUGUGGUUGGUCAGAAUGGAUCAAUCUUGGCAAGCCCACAUCAGGCCCCAAUGGUGGAGAUGAUGAGUCAAUCCAGAAGAUAAUCUCUGCUGGUUAUCAUAUCUGCUCAGCUCCUGAAGAAGUCCAGUGUAGAUCUGUUCUUUACCCAGGAUUUCCCCUGUCAGAGACGGGACAAACUGUGACUUGCAACAAAGAUGUUGGUCUCAUUUGCAACAACAAACAACAAGGGCCUACACAACAGUGUUUUGAUUAUGAGAUUAGAUUUAAAUGCUGUGACUGUCAAACCCCUUACACUACAGUACCUACUCCAACCUCAACUCCUUCCACCACAGUUACGACUACAACACCAUCAACUACAACACCCUCAACUCCUUCCACCACAGUAACAACUACAACACCCUCAACUCCUUCAACUAUAGUAACAACGACAACAACCUCGACUACAACACCCUCAACUCCAUCCACAACAGUAACAACUACAAUACCCUCAACUCCAUCAACAACAGUAACAACACCCUGUCAGGAAACAUUGUGUCAAUGGUCAAAAUGGAUAAGUUCUGACUACCCUGAAUAUGGUGAUGGUGGAGACAAUGAAACCAUCAAACACAUUAUUCAGAAAGGAUUUAAAGUCUGUGAGAAUCCAGUGGCAGUGGAAUGUCGGGCUGAGCACUAUCCAGCAGUUCCCCUUGAUCAAUUGGGACAAAAAGUGAUAUGUAAUAACCAGGGACUCUUGUGUAAGAACAGUCAACAAAAUCCUCCCAUAUGUUACAAUUAUGAAAUAAGGGUAGAAUGUUGCAGAACAGUUCAAUGCAGCACAACACCACAAACUACUGUUACUUUCACACCAACAUCACAAAUAACACCUUCUACUACACCCACCACACCAUCUACCACAACGGAAACAACAACACCUCAGCAAACCACAACUGCACAUUGCCCUCAUGGACAAGAUAUGACAUGUGGUUGGUCAGAAUGGAUCAAUCUUGGUAAACCCACAUCAGGCCCCAAUGGCGGAGAUGAUGAAUCAAUCCACAAGAUUAUCUCCGCUGGGUAUCAUAUAUGCUCAGCUCCUGAAGAGGUCCAGUGUAGAUCUGUUCUUUACCCAGGAUUUCCCCUGUCAGAGACGGGACAAACUGUGACUUGCAACAAAGAUGUUGGUCUCAUUUGCAACAACAAACAACAAGGGCUUCAGCAACAGUGUUUAGAUUAUGAGAUUAGAUUUAAAUGCUGUGACUGUCAAACACCUUCCACUACAGUACCUACUACAACCUCAACUCCUUCCACCACAGUUACGACUACAACACCCUCAACUCCAUCCACAACAGUAACAACUACAACACCUUCAACACCUUCUACAACUGAGACAACACCUCAGCCAACCCCAACUGGACCUUGCCCUCAUGGACAAGAUAUGACAUGUGGUUGGUCAGAAUGGAUCAAUCUUGGUAAACCCACAUCAGGCUCCAAUGGUGGAGAUGAUGAAUCAAUCCAGAAGAUUAUCUCCGCUGGGUAUCAUAUAUGCUCAGCUCCUGAAGAGGUCCAGUGUAGAUCUGUUCUUUACCCAGGAUUUCCCCUGUCAGAGACGGGACAAACUGUGACUUGCAACAAAGAUGUUGGUCUCAUUUGCAACAACAAACAACAAGGGCUUCAGCAACAGUGUUUAGAUUAUGAGAUUAGAUUUAAAUGCUGUGACUGUCCUACACCUUCCACUACAGUACCUACUACAACUUCAACUCCUUCCACCACAGUUACGACUACAACACCCUCAACUACAACACCCUCAACUCCAUCCACAACAGUAACAACUACAACACCUUCAACACCUUCUACAACUGAGACAACAACACCUCAGCCAACCCCAACUGGACCUUGCCCUCAUGGACAAGAUAUGACAUGUGGUUGGUCAGAAUGGAUCAAUCUUGGUAAACCCACAUCAGGCCCCAAUGGUGGAGAUGAUGAAUCAAUCCAGAAGAUUAUCUCCGCUGGGUAUCAUAUAUGCUCAGCUCCUGAAGAGGUCCAGUGUAGAUCUGUUCUCUACCCAGGUUUUCCCCUGUCAGAGACGGGACAAACUGUGACUUGCAACAAAGAUGUUGGUCUCAUUUGCAACAACAAACAACAAGGCCUUCAGCAACAGUGUUUAGAUUAUGAGAUUAGAUUUAAAUGCUGUGACUGUCCUACACCUUCCACUACAGUACCUACUACAACCUCAACUCCUUCCACCACAGUUACGACUACAACACCCUCAACUACAACACCCUCAACUCCAUCCACAACAGUAACAACUACAACACCUUCAACACCUUCUACAACUGAGACAACAACACCUCAGCCAACCCCAACUGGACCUUGCCCUCAUGGACAAGAUAUGACAUGUGGUUGGUCAGAAUGGAUCAAUCUUGGUAAACCCACAUCAGGCCCCAAUGGUGGAGAUGAUGAAUCAAUCCAGAAGAUUAUCUCCGCUGGGUAUCAUAUAUGCUCAGCUCCUGAAGAGGUCCAGUGUAGAUCUGUUCUUUACCCAGGAUUUCCCCUGUCGGAGAUGGGACAAGAUGUGACUUGCAACAAAGAUGUUGGUUUCAUUUGCAACAACAAACAACAAGGGCUUCAGCAACAGUGUUUAGAUUAUGAGAUUAGAUUUAAAUGCUGUGACUGUCAAACACCUUCCACCACAGUACCAAUUCCAACCUCAACUCCUUCCACCACAGUUACGACUACAACACCCUCAUCUCCAUCCACAACAUACCUACUACAACGUCACACCUCCUUCCACCACAGUUACGACUACAACACCAUCAAGACUCCUUCCACCACAGUAACAACUACAUCGUCAACUCCUUCCACCACAGGUACGGACUACAACACAAUCAACUCCUUCCACCACAGUUACGACUACAAAACCAUCACUCCGUCCACCACAUACCACUACAACACCAUCAACUCCUUCACCACAGUAACAACUACAACACCAUCAACUCCUUCCACCACAGUAACAACUACAACACCAUCAACUCCUUCCACCACAGUAACAACUACAACACCAUCAACUCCUUCCAGCACAGUAACAACUACAACACCAUCAACUCCAUCCACCACAGUUACGACUACAACACCAUCAACUCCUUCCACCACAGUAACAACUACAACACCAUCAACUCCUUCCAGCACAGUAACAACUACAACACCAUCAACUCCUUCAACUAUAGUAACAAUGACAACAACUUCAACUACAACACCCUCAACACCUUCAACUACGGUAACAACUACAACACCCUCAACUCCAUCAACAACAGUAACAACUACAACACCAUCAACUCCUUCAACUAUAGUAACAAUGACAACAACUUCAACUACAACACCCUCAACACCUUCAACUACGGUAACAACUACAACACCCUCAACUCCAUCCACAACAGUAACAACUACAACACCAUCAUCUUCAACUAUAGUAACAAUGACAACAACUUCAACUACAACACCCUCAACACCUUCAACUACAAAACCUUCAACUCCAUCAACAACUGUUACAGCCUCAACACCUUCAAGUACAACUACUACACCUUCUACCACAACUGAAACAACAACAUCUCAGACGACCACUAUUGCACCCUGCCCUGGUGGACAUAAUAUGACAUGUGGUUGGUCAGAAUGGAUCAAUCUUGGUAAACCCACAUCAGGCCCCAAUGGUGGAGAUGAUGAGUCAAUCCAGAAGAUUAUCUCUGCUGGUUAUCAUAUCUGCUCAACUCCUGAAGAGGUCCAGUGUAGAUCUGUUCUUUACCCAGGUUUUCCCCUGUCAGAGACGGGACAAACUGUGACUUGCAACAAAGAUGUUGGUUUGAUUUGCAACAACAAACAACAAGGGCUUCAGCAACAGUGUUUAGAUUAUGAGAUUAGAUUGAAAUGCUGUGACUGUCCCACCUUCCACCACAGUACCUACUACAACUUCAACUCCUUCCACCACAGUUACGACUACAACAGCCCCAAUAAUUUCAACUACAGUACCAACUACAACACCAUCAACUCCUUCCACCACAGUAACAACUACAACACCAUCAACUCCUUCCAGCACAGUAACAACUACAACACCAUCAACUCCUUCCACCACAGUAACAACUACAACACCAUCAACUCAUUCCACAACAGUAACAACUACAACACCAGCAACUCCUUCCAGCACAGUAACAACUACAACACCAUCAACUCCAUCCACCACAGUUACGACUACAACACCAUCAACUCCUUCCACCACAGUAACAACUACAACACCAUCAACUCCUUCCACCACAGUAACAACUACAACACCAUCAACUCCUUCCACCACAGUAACAACUACAACACCAUCAACUCCUUCCACAACAGUAACAACUACAACACCAUCAACUCCUUCCAGCACAGUAACAACUACAACACCAUCAACUCCUUCCACCACAGUAACAACUACAACACCAUCAACUCCUUCCAGCACAGUAACAACUACAACACCAUCAACUCCUUCCAGCACAGUAACAACUACAACACCAUCAACUCCUUCCAGCACAGUAACAACUACAACACCUUCAACUCCUUUAAUUUAACUACUGUACUAACUACAACAUCCUCCACCACAACUCAAACCCCUACAGUUACUUCUACCACUACUUUACCUUACACGACAAUACAUAUAGUAACAGAAGAAACCACUCAACCAUCUACUUCUCCACUUUGCCAAUGCCUUCAUAACGGUAUAAAGUUUUCUGCUGGCUCCAUAGUAUACAAUGAGACAGACCAGGAUGGUUACUGUUACAUAGGGUACUGCAAUGACAGCUGUCACGUAGUAACCAAAGGAAUGCCCUGUCCUACACCUGCACCCACGCCUGCACCCACACCUACACCUGCAAUUCUAUAUUGUCUUACUGAAGAUGGUCAAAAAAAAAAGGAUGGUGAAACUUGGUUUCAGAGUAAAUGUACUGUGGCAACGUGUCGAAAUGGCACUGUGAACCUGAGCUCCCUAAUGUGCCCAACACAAAAGCCUGUAGUCUGUGCAAAUAACUUCGCUCCAAUCAUAGUGCAGGAUGAUGAAGGAUGCUGCACCCACUAUGAAUGUCAAUGUUUCUGCUACGGUUGGGGAGAUCCCCAUUAUGUCACCUUCGAUGGAACCUAUUAUGGUUUUCAAGGCAACUGUUCCUACUGGCUGGUGAAAGAGAUCUCCCCCAGAUAUAACUUCAGUGUUAUGAUUGACAACUACUACUGUUCUCCUGAUGGCUUGUCCUGUCCUCAGUCCAUGACAGUCUUUUACAAAAGUUACAAGAUCUUUAUAACGCAAAAGGAAAUAAAUGGCAUGCGUAAAAAUCAGGUUUUGGUGAAUGACAGGCAUGUAAGUCCUGCAUACCAGAACGUCGACUUCCGUAUAACCACCACUGGUAUUGAUACAGUGCUUGUCAUCCCUAAAAUACAUGCCAAGAUCAUCUUCUCAGGGCUCAUGUUCAGCAUCAACCUGCCUUAUAGUCAAUUUGCCAACAACACCUGGGGACAGUGUGGCACAUGUGACAACAACCGGACAGAUGACUGCAUGUUGCCCAGUGGCAAAAUAGAUUCUUCAUGUCCUAAUAUGGCACACGAGUGGCAUACUAAUAACAGCAACUGUGAACAACCUCCUCCCUCACCAAAAACAACACCUGCGCCCAAUACCUGCAAUACAAGCAUCUGUGAGAUCAUUGGGAGCAGUGUAUUUGAACCUUGCCACAAGGUAGUUGACUACACUCCUUUUGUUGAGGCCUGUGAGUUUGACGUUUGUCAGAUGCCUAUUGGUCACAUUGGCUGCACCAGCUUACAAACCUACGCUGAAGUGUGUGCUGAGGCAGGAGUGUGUAUCGACUGGAGGAGUUCCACCAAAGGAUUCUGUGUAUUUACAUGUCCCAGUCCCAAAGUGUACCAGCCCUGUGGCCCUCAGGUGGAGUCUACCUGUGAUUCCUGGUACAAUGAGAAAUUCAUCCGUACUGUAAAUGAGUUCAGUGAGAUGACUAGUGGGAAGAUGGAGGGUUGCUUCUGCCCCAAUGGCACCACCCUCCUCUUCUCUGCCUCUGAUGAAUGUGUUCCCACCUGUGAAAUAUGUCGAAUGGCAAAUGGAAAAUGGACAGAGGCCAAUUCCACGUGGAUAGAAGACUGUCAAGAGUGUAUUUGUGAGGAGGACACUAUGCAGGUCAUUUGCAGCAACGUAUCCUGUCCAGAACAGCCACCUGUCAGCUGUGACAAGCCGGGUCAGGUUAGAGUCAAUAAUACCGUUGGCUGCUGUCGAGAGGAUAAGUGUGAGUGUGAUGUGAAGCAGUGCCCUGGGGUUGUGCCGUCCUGUCCUGUGGGUUCUACUAUCCACACCACUGUGGGAGUCUGUUGUUUGAGUCAGUACUGCGUGCCCAUUCCAGAUGUGUGUGUAUUCAACAACAUUGAAUAUCAGGUUGGAGACUCAGUGCCCAUGAAGUCAUGUGAGAAGUGCAUAUGUAGUUCCCGGACCAAUGCCAGCAGCCACCACAACAUCAUAGAAUGUCAGCUGUUACCAUGUGACACACACUGCUCUGUGGGUUAUGAGUACCAGGUCAGCACUGCUCAGUGCUGUGGACAGUGUGUCCAGGUCAGCUGUGUUGUCGCACUGCCGAACUCCACACACGCAUUAAAGCCUGGAACCCUUUGGAGCCCCGCUGGGAACCCCUGUGUGAAGUUUGAGUGUGUGAAGAUUGGUAAUCACUUCAUUACUGUUGAGGCCAAGACCACGUGUCCUCCCUACAACCCUGCAGAAUGCAUACCGGGAACUGAGACCGUAGCUCCAGACGGAUGCUGCCACAUCUGUAUUCCCAUAGGUCAGCCCUGCAGUGUGAGCAGCGCUGCUGUGACCCUGGAGAGCCAAGGCUGCCAAUCCAAAGAGCUGAUCAAUGUCACAUCUUGCAACGGAGCAUGUGGAACCUUCACCUUUUACUCUACCAAAAUGCGAGCUCUGCAGCACACCUGUUCCUGCUGCCAGGAGGUGGCUACGUCUGAGAGGCAGAUCCAGCUCUCCUGCCCCGACAGCACGGAGAUCAGCUACAGCUACACCCACAUCGAGGCCUGCGCCUGCCUCAACACAGACUGCUCUCCGGUGGGCCGCAGUCAGAUCUCUGCCCCCGCUGCCAGCUCUCGCAGACGCAGGAGAUAAGGCCAAAACUAGGCAUCAGCUGCAUACAUUUUCUUCUAUUUAUGUCUCAUGUAUUAGGGUGGAUACAAUUAUAAACCCACCAAUAUCUCUUUAAUAAAGAUCAUACUGUACUGCAA